CACAAAGGAUGUGGUGGAUUAACCAGAGCUCUCGGUUUAAGUUUUGGGUAUGGAAAAAUUAUUGAUAGGGAGUGCUACAUUUUGAAUGGGGUCAUAUUCAGCGUAGAAUUGAAUUAGUCGGCUCCAAUGCAGAUAUCAAAUACCGGAUAGAAAAAAACAACAACAUAUAGCCCAUAUAGCUCUCAGCCUCAGGCUGUGGGGUUUUGGCAGAUCUAUGCUUUUUUCUUACGUCUCUCUAUUUAAAGCUAGCCUUCCUCAUUCCUCAAUUUCUCCAACCUUUCUUCACACGCCCCCCUUACCACCAAAAUUACUACUUCAUUUUCUGUCACGCCUCCUUACAAAUCAUUAUUUUUCCCUCCAACUACAACUUCUUCUUCAAUCUCUUUACCUCAUAUAAUCACAAAAAUAAAUACAUUACUGAAAACCGUGCGUGUUUUUACUUCGCAUAUUGGUGAUUGAUUUCUCUGUCACAUCUUUCGAAUCUUCCCGUACGUUUUGCAUAGGUUUUGAGCUGCAUUAUCAGUCGAAAUGGGGAAUUGCCAAGCGGCAGAGGCAGCAACUGUGGUGAUUCAACAUCCAGGCAACAAAGUAGAGAGAUUUUACUGGUCCUUAGCUGCACAUGAAGUUAUGAGUACGAAUCCUGGCCAUUACGUAGCCCUUGUUAUCACUUCUCCAACUGAGAGAACACACAAUGGUUCGCCCGUGAGGCAGCUUAAGCUUCUCCGACCCGGCGAUACUUUGCUUCUUGGCCAAGUUUAUCGACUCAUCAGCUUCGAAGAUGUACUGAAAGAAUUUGCUGCAAAGAAGUGUGUGAAACUUGGCAAGUUACUGAGGGAAAGUGGAGGACUUGUUCUCGAUUCAAAGAAAAUCUCGGUCGAUCCUUCAGCAGUGAACAGCAAGCCCAGAUUGAUGAAUGGAAUCCCAGCUAAGAUGGAACAUGAAACUUAUCAACAUGGAAGUAGCAGCAGCAGCAGUGGCCAAAGAAGUGUGGGAAGACAUCAUGGUGGUGGGGGGCAAUGGAAACCAGCCUUACAGAGUAUUGCAGAGAUUGGAACUUGAACUAUACCCACCCACUGCACUAUAAGCAUUACUCCUUUGUCAAUGCAUACUUUCCUAGCUACGCUAAGCAUUUUCCAAAAUAAGAAAAGAUAGCAACUCAAUUGUCCCUUCCUACUGGAGUAAUUAGUUUAGAAAGUUAUCCACUUAAUUAGUACAAAGGAGAUGAUUUCGCUCAAAAGAAUUACAUGUACUUAGCUGCUUAUUUUCAAGUUUGACGUAAUUGAAACAAUUACUUGCUCAACAUCA